GAAAAACGUGUCGCCCUUUUAGACACUGGGGGCAGUGCACAGCCCCUUCUCCAGACUCCAGCCCAGUUUUCUGAUCUCCUCGGCAGCCUUUGAGGCCGCCUCCAAACAGCGUCAGGAUGACGGAGGACAAGGCUGAAAAAGUAAUGCCGGAGGAAACUGCAUUUGAAGAAAUCGAGAAAGAUUUUCAGGAGGUUCUCAGCGAACUUUCAGGAGACAAAAGUCUGGAAAAAUUCAGGACCGAAUAUGAGAAACUUCACUCCAUCAUGAAAAAGUCUUACGAGAAUGAGAAGCGUCUCAUGGCCAAGUGCAGAGAGCUGAACGCAGAGAUUGUGGUGAACUCGGCCAAGGUUGCCACAGCUCUGAAGCUCUCUCAGGACGACCAGACCACCAUCGCAUCCCUUAAGAAGGAAAUCGAGAAAGCCUGGAAGAUGGUGGACUCGGCAUAUGACAAGGAGCAAAAGGCCAAGGAGACAAUUCUUGCCCUGAAGGAGGAAAUAGUGAACCUGACCAAACUAGUUGAGCAGGGGUCUGGACUGUCAAUGGAUCAGGACAGCAACAUCCGAGAUUUACUGAAGUUCAAAGAAGAGGUGACGAAGGAGCGUGACCAGCUCUUGUCAGAAGUGGUGAAAUUGCGGGAGAACCUAGCUCAGACCAUCGAAAAGCAGCAGGCAGCAGAGCACGCCAAGGAAGAAGCUGAAAUGGCCAUCAGUCAGUUCCAACAAGAAAUCCAGCAUCGUCAGAAUGAAGCUUCCAGGGAGUCUCGGAAGAAGGAGAAGCUGGAGAAAGAGCUCAGGCAGAUCCAGACGGACAUGGACGGCAGGCAGGCGGAGAUCAAGGCUAUGCAGCAGUAUAUGCACAAGAGCAAGGAGGAACUUCAGCGGCUGGAACAGCAGCUCAAGGAGCAGAAGAUACUGAACGAGAGAGCUGCGAAGGAGGUGGAACAGUUUCAGAUGCGGAACGCGAAACUGCAGCAAGAGAAUGAUCAGCACACUCUGACUUGUGAGCAGCUGUCGCAGGAAAACCAGCAGAAGGCCCUGGAGCUCAAAGCCAAAGAGGAUGAGAUCCACCAGAUGCGCCUCGACCUUGGGAAGCUUAACAAGAUCCGCGAGCAGAUCCACAAGAAACUGCACCAGCUCGAUGACCAAAAGGCAGAAGUGGAGCAGCAGAAGGACACCCUGAAGAACCAGAUCCUAGGGCUGGAGAGAGAGGUGGAGUCUUCAAAGAAGCAAGCGGAGCUUGAUAAGAAGGCAAUGGAGGAGCUUCUGAGAGAGAGAGACAUACUGAACAAGAAUAUGCUCAAGGCGGUCAGUGCGACCCAGAAGCAGGUGGACCUGGUGAAACUCCACGAGCAAGCCAAGAAGAACCUGGAGGAGGAGAUCCAGAACUACAAGGACGAGGCCCAGAAGCAGAGGAAGAUCAUCUUUCAGCUGGAAAAGGAACGGGACCGGUACAUCAACGAGGCCAGCGACCUCACCCAGAGGGUCCUUGCAAACAUGGAAGACAUUAAAGUCCGAGAAAUACAGAUUUUUGACUACAGGAAGAAAAUUGCCGAAUCAGAGACGAAGUUAAAACAGCAGCAAAACCUGUAUGAAGCUGUGAGAUCAGACAGGAACCUGUACAGCAAAAACCUGGUGGAGGCUCAGGAUGAAAUCACAGAAAUGAAGAGGAAGUUAAAGAUCAUGACGCAUCAAGUGGACCAGCUGAAGGAAGAAAUCUCUGCCAAGGAAGCCGCGCUCGUGAAGCUGCAUCUGGAACAGCAGCGCAUUGAGAAGGAGAAAGAAACAUUGAAGGCCGAGCUACAGAAGCUGAGACAACAAGCCCUGGAGACCAAACACUUCAUUGAAAAGCAGGAGGUAGAAGAGAGGAAACUCUUGCGCAUCAUUGCCGAGGCUGACGGCGAGAGGGUGAGGCAGAAGAAGGAGUUGGACCAGGUCAUCAGUGAGAGAGACAUCCUGGGGUCUCAACUUGUCCGGCGAAACGAUGAGUUAGCCUUGCUCUAUGAGAAGAUUAAGAUCCAACAGUCAGUGCUGAACAAAGGCGAGACCCAGUACAACCAGCGGGUGGAGGACAUGCGCAUCCUCAAACUGGAGAUCAAGAAGCUCCGAAGGGAGAAGGGGAUCCUUGCCAGGAGUGUGGCCAAUGUGGAGGAGCUCAGGCAGGAGCUGUACCACAUGCAAAGAGAAUUCCUGAAGGAAAGGACGAGGUGCCGAGCCCUGGAGGAGGAGCUGGAGAACCCCAUGAACGUGCACAGAUGGAGAAAGCUUGAGGCCAGCGACCCUAGCACCUUCGAGCUGAUCCAGAAAAUCCACACCCUGCAGAAGCGACUCAUCAGCAAGACGGAAGAGGUGGUGGAAAAAGAGCUGCUUCUUCAGGAGAAAGAGAAGCUGUAUGUGGAGCUGAAGCACAUCUUGGCCCGGCAGCCUGGCCCAGAGGCUGCGGAGCAGCUGCAGAUCUACCGGCAUACACUGCGCGAGAAGACUAAGCAGCUGAAAGUUCUGUCAUCGGAGUUGAAUAUGUACGAGUCACAGAGCCAGGAGUACAAGUAUGAGAUCGAGAGACUUGGCAAUGAACUGAUGUCUUUAAAGAAGAAAUACCUGGCUCAGAAACGCAAAGAACUCGUUCUGAAAAACAAGGACAGGAUGUCGAUGAACAACAUCUUCUCAGAGACCAAGAAGUCCGUCCCUCGGUUUACCGGGGGUGGAUUUCCCCUCCACCAGGCAACCAAGGUGAAGUUUUAACCGGAAGCUACUGGCUGGCUCAAGCUCAACAGCUCAGGAAAUUUGCGCUGGAACAUUGUAGAGGAAUCGCCUUCAAUCCCUCAAAUCAUAGCUAGAUAGAAAAAGCCGGUGCCCAGCUUUUCAGAGUUGGAAGGGAUGGGCAGCUGUCAGUGUCUUGUACAUACAAGUGAUGAUGUCGUACCUGAAGCACGUGGACAGUAACAGACUGUGAUUGCAGCUCUCUAAUUAAGAUGGCCCUUGGCAUAAAGCUGAUCUUUUGUUACAGUUGAAUCAGCUGAUUAGAAAUGCACUAGAUUUAGAAACUUGGGGUGGAUGAAGCUUUGGGUAUUAAUUCCUCUAUUAUAGAUAUUUGAGCACUUGAAGGUUUUUGUAUGCAAAAAAAUAUUUUAUAUGUUAAAAAUGCAAUGCAUGCCCUCACAUCUUAUUAGUGAAAAUCUAUUUUAAUUAUUCCUCAUUAGCAAGUGAUAGCAUGAGAUAGGAUAACAGGACACAUGACUGGGAUUUCAAAAAGUGUAUAUUGAGAGUGAUUUCCACGUGGGACAUCGUUCCAGGCCUGGGGUAGGAAAAUCUGUUCUGAAGAAGAAAUGCCAAUAAAUACUUCAUCAUA